UCCGGGCCGGACACCAAUUCAGAAGCAGCAGCAGCAGUUCAAGCUUCUCACUGAUUAGCUAGCCAUCGGCGUCUCCUUGCCAAAGAAGAAGCAAUUAAGUUUCUUGGCUUCAAGAUGGCGUCGAGGGCUCUGAUGGUGGCGCUGCUGCUCGCGGCGGUGGCCGUGGGGUGCGCGCGGGCGCAGCUGCGCGAGAAGUUCUACAGCGAGUCCUGCCCCAGCGUGGAGGAAGUCGUGAGGAAGGAGAUGAUGAGGGCGCCUCGCAGCCUCGCCGCGCCGAUCCUCAGGAUGCACUUCCACGACUGCUUCGUCCGGGGGUGCGACGGGUCGGUUCUGCUGGACUCGGCGAACAAGACGGCGGAGAAGGACGGGCAGCCCAACCAGACCCUGCGCGGGUUCGGCUUCGUCGAUACGGUGAAGGCCGCCGUGGAGAAGGCGUGCCCCGACACCGUCUCCUGCGCCGACGUGCUCGCCCUCAUGGCCAGGGACGCAGUCUGGCUGACCAAGGGGCCAUUCUGGGAAGUUCCUCUGGGCCGGCGAGACGGCAGCGUGUCCAUCUCCAACGAGACCGACCAGCUCCCGCCCCCGACCUCCAACUUCACCGUGCUGACCCAGCUCUUCGCCGCCAAGAACCUCGACGCCAAGGACCUCGUCGUCCUCUCCGCCGGCCACACCAUCGGGACCUCGCACUGCGUCUCCUUCACCGACCGCCUCUUCAACUUCACCGGCAGGGUCAACCCCACCGACGUCGACCCGACGCUCGACUCGGAGUACAUGGACAAGCUCAAGGGCAAGUGCACCAGCCUCAACGACAACACGACGCUGGUGGAGAUGGACCCGGGGAGCUUCAAGACCUUCGACCUCGACUACUUCACCGUCGUGGCCAAGCGGAGGGGCCUCUUCCACUCCGACGGCGCCCUGCUCACCGACGACUUCACCCGCGCCUACGUGCAGCGCCACGCGGGCGGCGCCUUCAAGGAGGAGUUCUUCGCCGACUUCGCCGCGUCCAUGAUCAAGAUGGGCAAUGUCGACGUGCUCACCGGUACCCAGGGCGAGAUCAGGAAGAAGUGCUCCGUGCCUAAUCAUCAUUAGUUAACCUACGGGUUGACGUACGUACGAUGAUUUUCAUUUGUGGCCAUCUUUUUUUUUUCAUGUACAUUACAUCCUUUCUGCGCCCCCAAUGUUUUUUGUUUAUUUAUUGGUUAUUUUGUUACAUUACGUCCAUGUAAAGUAUCUCCCAGAAAUUCACCGUGAUAAUAAACUCUGUCUUUUCCCCCA